CUCACAUCUUUUAGUGGACAUAAACUAGUUCUGCACUGUACUGGUUUCGACUUGUUAGAAAUCUAGGCAUUUCAAGGCGCCACCGUACACGAAUAACGCAGAUUACCUCAGUUUAAAGCAGUUCUUAGUGUAUAGUGAUCGAGUUUGCGCAACGUAAACAAAUUAAAUAUGAGUUCUAGAAGGAAAAAAAUUUUUGAUCUUCUGGCCAGGCACUGUGAUGAUACCAAUCAUGACAAACUAACAGUAUCUGCAAGACCAGAAAAAAUAGACGCCCAAUAUUUGAUGAAUACAGCAAACCUUAUGCCGCCUGGUUAUUUACUCUCUAAGGAAACGGCUGCUUUUAACAAGAGCGAUAAUGCAUUUUGCAGUAUGAACCUCGAAAAUAUAAAAUCAGUUUUGAGUAUUGAAUCCAAUAAAGUUACACCGAUUGUGGCCGAUAAAGGAGACGCAAAUGCUAGUGAAGAAGUAAGAAGUGUUCUCGAAAAAAUCAUAGGUAAGCAAACUAACGAGUAA